GGGCUGUAUGGGGGUCGGAAUGGGCUGUCCCUCUCUCCUCUCUUCCGUCUUUCCCUCCCUUGCAUACAUUCACAGUCCAGCUGUCCGUCUCCACACUCACUCUAUCAGGCUGAGGAGUGAGGAUAGAAGAGAAGACGUGCCACCACUGCACUGAAACAAACUAGAGAGGGAUCCACCGGAAGAAAAGAAGGAAAACUACUGCAUUCAAGAACACAGUAAGAAGAAAGCCCGGCCUAUUCCUCAGUGUAACUUCAUCGCAGCAUCAUCUAAUCCACACCAGAGACUCUAUCAGCGAGUGUGUAUGUGUGUGAGAGUGUGAGAGUGCAUGUCUGUCUGAUUGUUUCUCUUUAGUCAACGCUCUUGGAGGUGUUUUUGUGCCUGUGCUCAUCAGAGUGUGUAGAAGGUGUGUGUGAGGAUGCGGCCCGGGUGUGUUUUGGUCUUUUGUAUGUGCAUCUCUGUGUUUCUUCACCGCGCUAUUUCACAGCCACCCACAGAAACUGACACCUACACGGAAUGUACAGAUGGAUAUCACUGGGAUCCACAGACUCAACACUGCAAAGAUAUAAAUGAAUGUGAGACAAUCCCAGAGGCCUGUAAGGGAGAGAUGAAGUGCUUUAACCACUAUGGGGGCUACUUGUGCCUUCCUCGCUCUGCCUCGGUCAUCCCUGCCCCUGAACCACCCAACCAGAUCCACCCCAGCCUGGAGAACACGGCCAGCGAGCCAUUCAACCCGUGCCCUCCAGGUUUUGAGCCCCAGGGAGACAGCUGCGUGGAUGUGGAUGAGUGUGAACAGGACAGUCACGACUGCCUGCCCAGUCAGCAGUGUUUCAAUACAGAAGGCUCCUUCUCCUGCCAGUGUCCAGAUGGGUAUCGCAAAGUGGGAACAGAAUGCAUUGACAUUGACGAGUGCCGGUACCGCUACUGUCAACAUCGCUGUGUUAAUGUCCCUGGCUCAUUCUCCUGCCAGUGUGAGCCUGGUUUCCAGCUGGCUGGCAACAAUCGCUCCUGUAUUGAUGUUGAUGAGUGUGGCAUGGGGGCCCCCUGCAGUCAGAGGUGUUAUAACACGUACGGGACGUUCCUGUGUCGUUGUGAGCAGGGUUAUGAGCUGGGGCCAGAUGGCUUUGCCUGCAAUGACAUAGACGAGUGCAGCUACUCCAGUUACCUGUGCCAGUAUCAGUGUGUUAAUGAGCAUGGCAAAUUCUCCUGUGUCUGUCCUGAAGGAUAUCAGCUCCUGGGCACGCGCCUCUGCCAAGACAUAAAUGAAUGUGAGACAGGAGCUCAUCAAUGCUCUGAUGGACAGACUUGUGUGAACAUUCAUGGAGGUCACAAAUGUGUUAACAACAAAAGCUGUCAGGAACCUUACGUGCAAGUGUCGGAUCGCUGUACGUGUCCUAUCACAAAGCCUGGCUGUCGAGACAUGCCCUACUCCGUUGUGCAUCGCUACAUGAGCAUCACGUCAGAGCGCUCCGUCCCCUCAGAUAUCUUUCAGAUCCAGGCCAUCAGCGUCUUACCUGGAGCUUACAACACCUUCCGCAUCCGCUCUGGAGAUGACAAUGGAGACUUUUACAUCAGGCAAAUCAACAACAUCAGCGCCAUGCUUGUUCUCGCCCGUGCCGUGAACGGCCCCAGAGAGUACGUGCUGGAUCUGGAGAUGUUUUCUGUGAACCCGCUCGUGAGCUACCACACCAGUUCUGUCCUGCGCUUGACCGUUUACGUUGGGCCUCAUGCCUUUUAGCUGAGAGAGAGAUGUAGAGAUGCCCAGAGAGGGAAAAAGGGGGUGGAAGGGUGGAAGCACUGAUUGAUUCAUCCAACAAGGAGGGCUUAUGAGCUGAAUAUGUCUGGCAGCUGACAGACAUCAUUUCCAAGACUGUAUAAAAGUCAUUUUCACGAGAGAUGUACCAACUUAUACACCCUCUACAUCAUAAAUAAUAAAAAGGCUAUUAGAGACAGGCACUAUAUUUUAAGGACAAGAUGUCGACAAGAUAACAACUCACUAUAUUGUCAUAUGGAAAAUGGCAAAGUUACUAGCUGCACUAUGACUCCAAACCUGCUGUACAACCAAUGUAAACUGUCUUUUGUCAUUUCUAAAAAUAGCCUCUUUCUCAGGAUGAGGGCUGCAGCUCUGCAGACUCUUUCCACUGGUUUGCUCUUCCAGUUCAGAAGUCAGCAAUAAUAAUUAAUCCCUCCUAUUCAAAUAAAUGUAGCAAUAACAAUAUCAAGGCUGUAAAAAGUAUCUCUGUGUGUUCUUAAGUGUCAAAAAGCCUCUUUUAAUUUUCCACUAUGUAUAAUCCAUCUCUGAGUUCAGUAUUGUUUUUAUUCAUUGUUGUUAUUCAGUAACCACUUAGUCAUUCCAAACCUCUACCCCACCACCACCACCAUCAAUAAUGCUCAUGUUACUUUGUGUAGUUUUUUUAUACCACGCUGCCGUUGUUGUAUUUCCAUCCUGGAUUUAUUACUGUAAUAAAUUUGAUAA